UUAAAGUGCAAAGGACGUAUUCAUUCGAAAAAUGACCACAUAGUUAAAGAAAUUGCACAUAAUCAUGUAUCAAAUUGUGGAAAAAUUGAAGCCGCUAAAGCUGUUAAUUUAAUAAAAAAUAUUGCCAUCCAAAAUGUAGAAUUGAGUACUUGUGCUGUAAUUAGUUCUACUUCAAUUACAUUGAUAAGUGCUGCUGCAGGACAAAUGCCACCAGUAUCUGUUUUAAAGAGGACAAUACGACUUAUUCGACAAAAAGUACAAGCUGCACCAUCAAACCCAAAAACUUUAAUAGAAUUGGUCAUUCUGGAAGAUUAUAAAACUACAUGGUAAACCUUAUUUAUUAUUUGAUAGUGGUCCUGGAGAAAAUAGAAUUUUAAUUUUCUCUACUCAAAAAAAAUCUACAACUUAAGCAAAAUUGUGAACACUGGUAUGCAAUGGCACUUUUUCUACGUCAUCAAAUUUAUUUUCUCAAAUUUACACUAUUCCCG